GGGCUAGGUAGGCAGUAUAUGCGCCAUAAUUGCAUAAAUAACGGGGUUGGCAAGUAUUGCACAAGUACUACAUGUAUUCCCAUACAAAUUUACCUGUCCCCGCCCGUAUCUUUUAUGAUAACCCUGCCAAAUCUGCUAAACCUUCCAAAUUUACCAAUCUAUCUAAUAUGCGCGCCUUUUUAUUGGCCAGCCUUAUAUUUAAUCAGAUAGCCUCGCAUAAUACGGCCUUUUGAUUGGCCAGCCAGCCAGCCUCAUACAUACAUACA